CAGGCAAAUAGGCAACGAACGAUCGAUCGCGCGUCAGCAGUCCUGUCCUGAGUCCAGCAAAAACUCAGUACUGAUUCGUGCUCGAUAAGUGAUGGACGCUGCCGCACUUCGUUCCGCCGAUUUACAGAAGCGCCAUAUCUGCCGGUUCUGUUUGCAGUCCUCCGAGCAAUUGCAGAACAUCGAUGGCGACGAAGAGUUGACGCUGAAAAUUGCUGCCAGCCUGGCGCUGGAUGUUUCACCCGGCGAUGGAUUACCGCAGGCGUUGUGCGAGAGGUGCCUGUGGUUGGUGGAGAAAUUUAAUCUAUUCAAGGAUCAGUGCAUUAGGGCGGAAUUUUUGCUCAGGAGCUUUGCUCUAACUGGGAUUCCGUUGAUGCACGCUCUGGAGCCGUUGGAAGUUGGCUGUUUCUGCUCCAGGCAGAAAUCGCAUGCCGUGGACGUGGAAGUGCAGACAACUGCACCUGAAGUGGAACCGCAGGUGUGUGAAGAGUCCAAGGUAAAGGUUGAAGACGAUAGUGAUGACGAAGUGAUAUUUAUUGGGGAUGUCAAGGAGGAAAUGGACGAUGAUGAUUGGAAUUUGGCGGAUGUUUACGACACGGGCACGGUAGACGAACUGGCCGAAGAAUUGUAUGAAGAGGAAGCUGUGAAUAUUAUUCAAUCGGCACCCUUCUCGGAUGUUGAACAAAUUUUCGGUGGUCGAAUCAAUAUAGACGGAUCAAUCGACAUUGAGGUGAAAAAGCUGGAACAAGUGUUUUCCGUUGAUGCUUCUGAAAAUGUUAAUCUCAGAGAAGAAAAUUUCACCCCUAUACAGUCUUUUAGUGAGUCUAGAAAAGAAAACUUUGAUCGAGCUUGUGGCGAAAAUUCUGUGAAUGACGUUGAAACGAUGAGGAACCAAGAUUUAGACGACGUCGACAGCCUCUCGAAUCAAAUUGAAAAAGAUGACAUAGAAGAAGCAUUAGCCAGUAUGGAAGAUUCGGUUGUCGAUAUAUCUACAGAAGAAACGAAAUCCAAAUCGACACCAACCAAAGAAUCUUGUCCUGAAUUUGUAGAUUUAACUCUCGAAUCUGACUCGCCAAACAUCUUCCAGUGUUCAGUCAAAAGUCGUACAGAACAAAGAUCCCUUUCUACCUCAUUCUCGGAUGCCAUGCAACUGUUGCUGGAAGACGAAAAACUGUACGACACUGAGUCCCAGUUUAAAAGAAACCAUACUCAUCGAAAACAUUCAAGCCAAGCUACGCCAACAAGUCAACCCUUGAGUCGCGAAAAUUCACUACAAACCACUCUCAAUACUCUCUACGGUGAUAUUCCAACGGCCCCCCUUCGCGAAUCCGACGGUCUCGACAGCCGCUUCAUCAAUCGGGAAGAUGGCGAAAUUAUCUCCGACGAUGAGCUCGAUCCGCUCGCACUAAGCUCAGAACUUGCGAAAGUCCGAUUGGCCGCUCCCGAAGAAAGCUCGGUCCUGCGGGCACCGUCUCCCAACUCGGACGAAGAGUUUCCCUGUGAGACGUGCGACAAGUUCUUCCCUCAGGCACAUCUACUGGAAAUACACAAAAAAGCAUAUCACAGCAAUUCACCACAGCGAGGAGCACCGAGUGCAAUAGGUACAGCAGGAUCCCGGCAGGAUACGGUUCCAGUUCCGGCGGAAAAGUUCGGAUCGAUCAACCGCAAGGUUACGCUGACGAUCGGUUCCCCCUUACAGGAGUGUCCCAAUUGUGGCGAGAUGGUACCGAAGGCCACCUACUGGAUGCAUCUGAAGUCUCACAGCUCCAAGGAGACACCGUUGAUCAGUUUCGGGGAGCAGGGGUUCGGUAGAAUUUGAACAUAAUGAUAUUUACGGUAAUUCGUCCACUGUACAGGACCAAACGUUCGUUUGGUAACACAAUAAGGAGGAGUUUACAAUACGGUU